UCUAAAAACUAUUUAUUAGUUUUUUGAUUCCUUUGAUAGUUGCAUUUUGCAUUGCUAAUAAAAAAAAUAAACUAUGUCCUCAACUCAGAAGAGUACGGAGGUUACCACUGAUUCUUUGCAAGAUGGGCAGGCCACUAUUAGUUCUCCAGUAAAUACUGUCGAGAAGAAGAAUGUAACAAACGAACCGCAACAACAUCCUUCAAAUACUUCUUCUAAAACGGUUCCUUCUUUAACCUUAAAAGAAGCAACUUCUAGUAAGGCCGAAGCUGAACCUUUGAUAAGUUCUUCAUCUCCUCCCAAAAGCUCAAAUAUACAGAAUACAAAUCCUUUUCGACGAAGCAGUAUAUUUGAACCCUUGCAGAAAAGUAGUAUCCUUCCGGAAGAGCCUGCUUUAUAUAACAAUUCCGCAAUCAAAAGGAAUGAACGAAUUCUACGGUGUGAGCAAAGAAUUCUUUCCAACGAAUGGGAUACCAAAGCCUGGUUAGGAAUUUUAAAGGAGAGUUUGUCCUCUUCUGUAGACACUGGACGUUUUUAUUUUGAUUGUUUUUUUCGGCGAUUUCCAUUGUCCCCUUGUAAACUCAAGGAAUACAUAGACUUUGAGCUUCAGCGUGGAAAUGUAGGAGUUGUACAGAACAUUUUCCAAAAACAUCUAAAGAGCAGCGCUAAUAUAGAACUCUGGCGCUGUUAUCUUCAUUUUGUCGAUACUCAAAAUGAAGGCUUAGAGCAGAUGGAGUAUAGAGCUGUCAUGCUGAAAGCGUUUAAUUUUGCGCUAGAGAAUGUUUCGAUUGAUAUAUCGAGCACGGUUAUAUACCGAGAUUACAUUGAAUUUAUUAAAAAAUGGAAACCUGAAGUCGCUUUUGAUGAGUCUCAGAAAAUUUUAAUGUUGCGUCAGAUUUACCACGAGGCUAUAAAGAAUCCUAUUUACCAGUUAGAAGCGCUGUGGAGCGAAUACGAAGCUUUUGAAAGAGGGGUUGGAGGCCAAAUUUUGAUGGAGAGAAAAUUCCGAGAAGAGUUGACUGCAAGUUACAUGUUAGCUCGCUCUGCACUCGUCGAACGGACGUCUCGUCUGGAGAAAAUUGUUAGAAAUGUUCUUUCUGUACCUGUAGCAGACUCAGCUAAAGAGCGACAGCAAGUAAAGUUAUGGAAGGAAUAUAUUGACUGGGAAAAAAAAAAUUCCUUAAAACUUGAUCUUAAAGAUCUACAGAAGCGGGUUAUCUUUACUUAUAAGCAGUGCCUGCAGUGUUAUUCCUUUCAUUCCGAUAUUUGGCUGCAAUACGCUUCCUUCCUAGACGGCCAGCAUGACGCGUGUGCCGCCGUGUUCCAGCAGGCUCUGCAGAUCAACCCAACCAGCUUUCUUAUUGCCUUCUCUUAUGCUGAAUACGAGGAGCGCCACGGAAACAACGAGCUUGCAAAGAACAUAUACGAGAAUUUGGCUGCAAGAAACGACAUUGAUCCUACUCUGGUGUACGUGCAGUUUAUGAAGUUUGCAAAAAGGGUGUACGGAAUGGACAAAGUCAGGGAGAUUUUUCGCGGGGCUCGUAAAGAUGGGAGAUGCACUUACCACAUUUGGAUUGCUAAUGCCAGUCUGGAGCACCACUUUGGCAAGGCAGAGUUCGCCAAUAAGGUUUUUGCAUUAGGAAGGCAGAAGUGCGCUACGGAUAAAGAGUUUUUGUUCAAGUAUAUUGACUAUUUGGCGUUUUACAAAUGCCACAACGAAAUUGAAGUUUUAUACCGACAAAUGCUGCGCACUUUUUCUCCAGUUCAUUUGGAUGAAAUAUGGUCGAGGUACAUGCGUUUUGUGGUCAACCAUUUUCCCUUGCAAAUAAUAAACCGCGUGGAAAAGGCACUUUUCUAUUAG